ACGGUCGGUCCUUCGCUGAGGCUCGACUUCAGUUCUCGUCAGUGCGAUGCCGGAGGCGCACGCCGCGCCGGUCGCCCGCCGACACUACGUUACGAACAUCGCGACGAUACUUCUUUCCCAACUAAUAAAUCAGGAGAGAACGUACCCCACGAACAGAUUAUAAGUCGAUAUGAGAUAACAAGCGCGCGGCGCGACCGCCGUGAUUAAUCACUGAAGUCCGUUCAACUCGAAUGAUCAGAACGGAAGCGUAAUCUUAGUUUCGGUUUAGGAGCGCGUAUGUAAACAGACAAACAUUGUUGAAGUUUUCCGGAAUAGUUUGUUGACUUGAGGUUUACAAUCGGGUGCAUCGGAUGGACGAUUGUUAGCGGAUAAUGAGUUUCGGGAGCGAAGUUGUUUAGUAGUUUGUGUGUUGGAUGUGCUUGAGGUAGGAUAGUGUGCGCGAUGGGAGGCGUGGAGUGGACUGCAGGGGUGCUGUGGUGCGUGCUGGUGGGGGUGGUGGCGGACUCCUGGACGGCGUACCAGGAGCAGCCGUGCUGCCGGCCGGUGACCCACCAUCGGGUCCGGCACCACAGAGAUCACAUACGAGAAUUUUCUUGCGGCAGCCUCUUUUACCGCACUCUCUAUUUGAAUGAGGAGGGCAAUACGCUUUAUGUAGGUGCUAUGGAUCGGGUAUUUAAAUUAAAUAUGACAGACAUUAGUCAAUCACACUGUGAGCGUGACGCAUUGCUACUGGAAGCGAGUAAUGUAGCGCAGUGUGUCAGUAAGGGCAAGUCGGAGCCCUUCGAAUGUAGGAAUCAUAUACGGGUGCUGCAGCCCCUGGGCGAUGGCGAGAGGUUGUACGUCUGUGGAACCAACGCCCACAACCCGAAAGACUGGGUAGUUUAUUUGAAUUUGACACAUCUACCUCGACACGAGUACGUUCCCGGGGUGGGACAUGGGGUGGCCAAAUGUCCAUAUGAUCCGGCGGAUAACAGCACGGCCGUGUGGGUCACGAAGGGCAACCCUGGAGGCCUGCCUGCGCUCUACGCGGGCACCAAUGCAGAAUUUACCAAAGCAGACCCAGUCAUUUUCCGGAAUGACCUCUUCGACUUGCGGACGGGUCAAAAGAAAUUCAACUUCAAAAGAACCUUGAAAUACGACUCAAAGUGGCUAGACAAAACUAACUUCGUCGGUUCCUUUGACGUCGGGGAAUACGUGUUAUUUUUCUUUCGGGAAACAGCGGUGGAGUUCAUGAACUGCGGCAAGGCGGUCUACUCGCGAGUGGCCAGGGUUUGCAAGCAAGACACGGGCGGAAAACACAUUCUCAGCCAAAACUGGGCCACGUAUCUCAAAGCCAGACUCAACUGCAGCAUACCUGGCGAAUUUCCCUUUUAUUUUGAUGAAAUACAGAGCGUGUACCAGAUGCCAGAUGACCCGAGCCGGUUCUACGCUGCAUUCACGACUGGUGCCAGCGACGGGCUCGUUGGCUCUGCUAUUUGCACUUACACUAUGGAAGACAUACAGGAGGCUUUCAGUGGCCGCUUUAAGGAGCAGGCCACGUCCAACUCUGCGUGGCUGCCAGUGCUGCGCGCAAGGGUCCCUGAACCAAGACCCGGGACAUGUGUCAACAAUACAGAGACUCUACCAGACAACGUACUCAACUUCAUAAGAUCACACCCACUAAUGGACUCAGCGGUCCGCCAUGAGGGAGACGCCCCCGCGUUCUACAAGCGUGACUUAGUGUUGACCACGCUAGUGGUAGACCGCCAGUUUGUAGACAUGCUGACUGAUGACAUCACGUAUACUAUCUUCUAUGCAGGCACCAGUGCAGGAGAAGUAUAUAAGAUAGUGCAAUGGGCUGGCGGAGGCUCGCGCGUGGCGGACGUGUGGCGCGCGGCGGGCAUGGAGAGCGUGCGGGCGCUGGCGCUGUCGCGGAGGACGCACGCGCUCUACCUCGCCACAGACAACCGUCUCAGGCAGCUGCCGCUCAGGGCUUGUUCCCAUAGGUAUGACAGUUGCCUGCGCUGCGUGCUAGACCCUUACUGUGGUUGGGACAAAGAAGUGGGUGCGUGCCGUCCAUACACGCCGGGGCUACUUCACGACGCCACCAACUCUACUCCAUCCAUUUGCGAGGCCAGUGCCCCUCUAAGAACUGUCAGAGCUGGUUAUGGCCAAAGCGUCCAUUUGGCUGCCUUCGGGAAGACACCGGAGGCAUUGAAAGACCAGCUAGUAGUCUGGUACCAUCAUUCCAGAGAGAAGGGAAGAUAUAAAAUUAAUUUCAAUUGGGAGAGAGUGCUACAAAGCUCAGAGCGCGGGUUAGUUCUGCUGUCAGUAUCGGACUCCGACCGCGGGCUCUACGAGUGUUACUACGGGCCCACGCUCAUCGCGUCCUACAACCUGGACAUCGAUGUACACAGGUGCAGCCAACCCAGCAAAACGCAGGAGUACAAGCAAGUGUACUCGGACUGGUGCCACGAGUUCGAGAAGUACAAGAGCGCCAUGAAAGCAUGGGAGUCCAGGCAAAUGCAAUGCUCCAAAAGUCUGAACGCAUCGAGCCAGCAGAACAGCAUGGCGAACGAGAUCGUGGCCUCGCUGCGGUGAUAGGCCACAGUCUAGUGAUUAAUGAACGAUUAACGCACACCGACCCGCUGACAUAAACUAUCCGAUAUUCCGCCGACAAUGCCCGCCGCCCGACAUCCCGCCCCUACCACUGAAAAACUAGAUAAUGUCACUUGUUUUUGCUAAGUUUCUGUUUGAGUUCAACUGGUUAUUUUUUACAAGUCCACGGGACUCGGUUGUAUAAGUAAAUAUCAUUCCAAUUUUAAAAGACAUACUUAUUUUAGCAAUUGUCAUGAUCACAUGAUCAUGAUUAAAGGUUUCAUAAAAACGUCGUUUCACCGGAAACCUGAAAGAUAAAAAUGUGAUGAACUGUAUAGAAGUUUAUUUUAAGUAAUUAAGAAUCUUGUACUAUCGAGAAUCAAUGGUAGGAGUGAAAGAGAAACGAUAAUAUAGUGAGGGGAUGAUCUGUUAAAAUAGAUUUGUUGCGCGCCCCGGAGACUGCCGCGUGAUGGAUGACUGACUUCUGCUCAACUACGUCCACAAUUUUUUUUAUUGUUCGGAAAAGGGAGCAUGGGCAUCCGGAAAAUAGAGUAGUUUAUGUUAUUGGUGAUUUGUUGAACUUAAAUAUUUAAUAAUGAUUCUAUAUUGUUGAUUGAUGCGACUGAUUACCUUGCUAAAUGGUAGUUAACACUUUUUGUCUCGAAUUGUGCAUUUAAAUGGCAAAUUUUCAAUCUAUGUAAUUAUUUCAUAGAUGGAUUGUAUAAGGUUGCAAGGAUAGGAAUCCACCAACUCAAAAUACUGUGAUACCAGUUCUCACUAUUAAUGAGCUGUCAAAAGAUAUUAUGCGUCUACUGCGUUAUUUUAAAGAUAAAAAAUGUCGUUAAAUAAUAGUUAUCUCAUAAUAGCUUUUCCAUUAUGAAAACAUGCGUUUCAUUUGAAUUAAAAUAUAACGAGCAGAUGAGAUAAUAGUAUUUAGUUCCAUUUACGAAGACCGCUUGCAAAAAAUAUUUAUGUAUUAAAUGAGCAAUAUGAACGCCAAUUUAGGUCUAAGCGAAAUGUUUAAAAGCUUAAAAUAUAUGAUGAAGAUUUGAUAGCCUUUCAUUAUUCUCUAUGUUUUGUUAUGUGCGUGUGGUCUGAGGGCCCACUUGGUACGGUGUACUGUGGUAAUAGAUAAGGAAGGUUUCCCUAAUUGUAGAUGUUUCAGUUUGUUAAAAAAUGUUAUCAAUUUGUUGCCAUAAAAUGUAAUUUUAGGCCCGGCUUUGGAUAUUCAACCCGAAUUUAUUUAAAUAGCAGUUAUGUUGUUGUCUCCAUUGAUUUUAUAACAUUCUCGCUAGAAUAGUGCCUUGUGAAGCAAGCUUAAGAUGUAAUGAAACUUAUUUAAAUGAUUGCUAAUUAGAUUUUAAAUAUUUUGUGUACAAUGUAAAGAAGUUAGGUACGUAGAAUAUAGAAUGAUAAAUGUAGAAGUCAUUCGUAAAUAAAGCAAUAAUGUUCCACUGAUUAAGAGUCGCCAGUAUUAAAAUUCAGAAAUAGAUAGCCUAGUACUAAUUAUGUAAUGUCAUUCUUUACUUAUUUCUCGUUCGUUGUACCAUGCUUUAAUAAUUUAUUUUAAUUAUAAAACAAUUAAAAUUUUCUUGUUAGUACGCAAUAUAAGUGGCGCAUAUUGGAAUUGAAACAUGGUACAAAGGAAAAAUAAGUCCAACUUAUAUACGAUUCAGAUUUUUAUUGCAUAUAGUAUGCAUUUUAAAACAGAUUUGUUGAUUGCAUGUCCAAAUCGCAUUAAGUUAUGAAAAUGUUAUUGUAAAAAUAAUGUAAAUAAAUCUAUGAAUUUUUGGUAGACAGAUUGCUAUUAUAUGUUUAUUGUAAAAAUAUUAAUAAGCUAUAAUAAUUAAGCGAUUGUUUUAUAAAAGGAACACAAAAAUAAAUUAUUUUAGAACUAA